GCCGCACCUCGGCUGCGUGUCCCUGUGACGGGGCCGGCGGGGUUCCCUCCGCCCGCGGGGCGAUGGGAGGCUGCCCCGCACUGCCGACAGCGGAGCAGGGGCUCGAAGGACUGAACCUCCGCGCGUUUGGUGUUGAGCCAAGAUGCCAGACCUGGGGGUUCGGCCCAGUGCGGGCUGCAGUUUGCGGUUCUCGGGCUACUCCGUUACCGCUUAUCUGGUGUCCUUGCUCUGGCAGGCAGUGAGAGCUUAAAAUGUGGUGUACCAGCAUUCAUUCCUUUUCGCGUGUUUGCCUAUUUUACUGGAAAAGAAGUAGCAAAUACUAGUCAGGCCUUGCAAGCAUCUUGCCAUGGUGUAUAUUUUGUGUGUUAAUGUUUUCUUUUCAUUCUUCUUUCAACAGAUGGCAAGUUGCAGCCAGAAAAGGAUAAUACAAAUAACUGGAUUUAAAAAACAAGAGAAGAAGGCACUGCUCAAAUGCCUGUCCAAGCUGAACUGUGUUUUUGUAGAGAGUAAGAAAUACAGAAAUUGUACACAUCUUGUAGCAAAAAAGCUGUGCAAGAGUGAAAAGGUCUUAGCUGCCUGCGCUGCUGGUAGUGAAGAAAGAUCAUGUUUAAACAUAUUUCGAACUCCAUAGAGUUCAGCAGAAAUACUAUCAAGGCUACCACUUAUCAUGUACUUCCCACCUGACAGAAAUUUUGGGAUGGAAACUUUGCAUGAAAGUGGUUUUAACAUCCAGGAAAGUGGGUACUAACUAAGGAGUACAUAAUUAAUAGUGCUGAAAGUGGCAGAUGGCUUGAUGAAACAACGUACGAAUGGGGAUAUGAAAUUGAAAGAGACACCCAUUAUUCACCUCAAAUGCAAUCUGCACCUAAAAGAUGGCGUGAAGAACUGACAAACUCUCGUGCUCCAGGGGCCUUCCACAGAUGGAAAGUUGUCCUCCUUGUUAAGAGAGGUGAUAAACGAAUGGCAUGUAUUAGAAGAAUUCUUAAAGCUGGAAAGGCAACCAUAUGUUCAUCUGAAAAUGCAGAGCACAAUACAACUCAUGUAUUCAUCGGUGGUAAAAUUUCUCCUAUACAAAAUAAAAAGUGUCUCUCUGAAGCUCGACACUACCCUUUGCAAUAUAUAGGACAUUACCUCUUUCAAAACAAAAUACAAAAUCCAAAUGAUACACAGAUGAACAGUUUCCUGGCUGCACAAGAAACAGACCAAGUCAUGUCUAAAAUGCAACUUGCUGAAAUGAAAAAUGUUAUUAUAAAACAUAUGUAUUUUACUGCGACUAUUAAGCACAGAUUUACGGAAACAGACCAGCUAAACAAACGCAAUCCAGAGGUUAAAAGUACUGACUGGUCCAGGGGCACUUGGUCUAUACUUCAAGGAUUAGUGGAAGAGGACUUAGUUCACGAUGUAGUCACAGAACUUGCUGCUGGCCAAAUGUACAGUGCACCUCCUGUGCAACUUCUUCAUCCUCUUCUAGAAUAUGUCCUAUUGGGAAACACCGAUACAAUAUUUUUUCCCAAACUUUGUCAUGUUUUUUAUCUUGUUCUUCAUUGUGAACCUCCCUGGAAGUCCCCAUCGAUGUUGAAGUAUUAUUUGGAUCUUCUUCAGUGUCCUAUCUGUAAGAAAGGCACAUGGUCCUUGAUAGAGAUGCUUGUAAGGUCUUGCCUUUAUUGUGAAACAGUUUGUCAUACGGUCACGGUUUCAGGGACAGAAGAUGAACUGAGGAUAGUUCAUAAAACAUUAUUGAAAUUUUUCUCUGAUUUAGUAAAAGGCGAAGUAGAGUUCCUGACAAAAAGUUUGGUUGAAGGAACAAAUUCACAGCAUCAACAAGUCUUGCCACAGACAGUUCUUCUGAAGACUUUCUUGCUUGAAAGUGGAACUGCAGUGCUUUUUACCAAACACAUAAAUAUUCUAGCAGAUUGGGUCAUAUUUUCCCGUAGAGAAUUAAAUGGAAAAAAUUAUACUUUCAGAAAUGAAGUUGCUGGUCUAUUAAAUGCAAUUCUUGGAACUGUAGUGGACUAUUGGAUCAUCUCAGGUUUGCUUAUGGACAGGAAUAUGUUUCAUCAAGUGCCUGAUUUGGCGCAUUACCUUGCCAUUUCAUGUGAUGAUUUUUCUGUAUGUCAAUUAAAAAUGUUUAUUUGCGCCAUACCAUCCGACUGGCUUCAACUGUUUGUUGCAGAAGCAAUUUUCAAACAAAUGUGUUUACAGAGGAAUAUUGCUGUUUCUACAGAACCUCUUUCUCUUCAGAAAAUAGUCUGUUCCUAUUCACCCGCUUUGCGAGAGAUAGGGAUGCGUGAGACAGAGAUACACAAAGCAAAGAAAAAGAAAAUAGGGCAACAGCCAUGCCCUGAGUCUCAAAGGACAUUACAGAUGCUAAAUGGCGAUAAGCAGAACCAAGUCAAAGUGCUGCCUGAUCUACCUGACUUAAUCUUUAAUAAGCUUAGAGAAAAACCAGAAGUCCAGACUGCACACACCAAAGAGAGUUUUUUUUUUGCUGAAGAGGCACACAAGAGAAAUAUUAAAGGAGAGACAGCCCUGCAUAAAGCUUGCAGAAAUAACAAAGUGGGGAGAUUGAUUCAGCUUCUCUCUUUGCCGGGAACAGACAUUAAUGUCAGAGAUUAUGCUGGCUGGACGCCUUUGCAUGAAGCCUGUAACCAUGGUAGCACAGUGUGUGUCCGUGAAAUUCUGGAGCGUUGUCCAGAGGUAGACCUGCUCAGUCAAGUGGAUGGGGUGACUCCUUUGCAUGAUGCACUGUCAAAUGGACAUGUAGAAAUUGGCAAGCUGCUACUUCAGCAUGGGGGGCCAGUCCUUCUAGAGCAAAGGAACUCCCACGAGAAAUUGCCACUGGAUUAUGUUGACUCAGUCGCAGUAAAGGAAGAACUUUUGAAUCUCGUUUAUCCAGGAGAGAGCAUUGAAAAUUUCUAUGAAUGCAGAGAACAAGAUUUUUGCAAUCAGAAGAAAGAAUUGUGUUUGAUUUCAUUUACUAAGAUGCUGAUUAAUUUUUGUUCUGUUUAUAAUUUGUCUACACCCCUGACUGUAACUCUGAGAGCGACAGCUUGUUCAAAUGUACUUCCAGUAACGGUUUAUGAUAGCUUUGAGAUGAAAAAUGCAUCUUCUGGAGAUUGGGUGGUAGACAUGUAUUUUAAAGAGCUAGAAACUUUUGAAAAGCUACCACAGUUUCUUCAAGAAAUAUCUGAAAGCAUGUUAUUCUUCCCUGGUGAACAGGCAAAGGCCUUAUUAGCAGUUCUGGAAACUAUGGUAGAAGCUUGUCAGUGCCUAAAUCUUUCUAGCAGUUAAAUUCCAGACAACCACUUUGGCUGAAUCUUGAGUAUUACUACCUUCUACUUGCCUGACAGAUCUGCAUGUGUGUGAUCUUAGGAAUGUGCUGUGUCAUUUACACUCAGUUAAACUGUCUUGGAAAUUUGUUGUUUUGGUUUUUUUUAAGUGCCUUGUACCAUAUCCCUUUGGUUUUCAGAGGCAGUGACCCUGAACUUAAACCAAACUGUUGAUUGUUUCAUUUCCUGAGAAAGGCUUGUGUC